AGCAGCAAGGGUUGGCUGCUUUAGCUGGUUGGUGCAAGGUGGAAGUGACUCGCCACGAAAGACACGCUCCAGGAGAGAUGAGUUGCGCCAGCAAAGAGCAGGCGGCGGCCGACAGCUCCAGCUCUGGCAGUGGCGGCGGCGGCGGCGGCUUCCGGAGUCCCGCGGCGAAGAUGCUCAAAGUCACCGUGCCCUCCUGCUCCUCCUCCUGCUCCUCGGUCACCGCCGGUGCGGCCCCGGCCGGAAGCCUAGUCCCGGAUUACUGGAUCGACGGCUCCAACCGGGAUGCCCUGAGCGAUUUCUUCGAGGUGGAGUCAGAGCUGGGACGGGGUGCUACAUCCAUUGUGUACAGAUGCAAACAGAAGGGGACCCAGAAGCCCUAUGCUCUCAAAGUGUUAAAGAAAACAGUGGACAAGAAAAUUGUAAGAACUGAGAUAGGAGUUCUACUUCGCCUCUCACAUCCGAACAUUAUAAAACUUAAGGAAAUAUUUGAAACUCCAACAGAAAUCAGUCUGGUUCUGGAACUCGUCACAGGAGGAGAACUGUUUGACAGGUGGUUGAGAAAGAGCUCCGAAUUGGUGGGCAGGGCACUGGGACCACUAACCUUUGUGCCGGGAAGUCUGAGGCCUCCAGACAUGGUCAGGUUAGAGCUCUUCAGCUGCGAUGCCUGUGCUAACUGCCUAGCUGGAGAUGAGCUCGAUUCAAUUUGUGGCAAUUACUUUGGCAGAAGCAAAUGCACUGGAGCCAUGCAUUCAAUCAGAUCCUCAGAGAGAAAUCCUUAUUUCCCGUACUUUCUUAUCCUUCAAUUUUCAAAUGCUGAGAAAAAGCUAGACCAACUGAUUCUGCGGGCCAUUGGUAAAGGAAGUUUUGGAAAGAUGAAGUUCAUGUGCAACCCUCUCCACAAGACACAAGAGAGGACUCUCAGUGACAAGGAGUCCUUUGACAGUGCUCUUGAUUUUAGAAUCCCACUCUUCCUCAGUUACCUGCAUGAAAAUGGGAUUGUCCAUCGAGAUCUCAAACCUGAGAACCUUCUCUAUGCAACUCCGGCCCCAGAUGCACCACUCAAAAUUGCUGACUUUGGACUCUCUAAAAUUGUGGAACAUCAAGUGCUCAUGAAGACAGUGUGUGGGACCCCAGGGUACUGCGCGCCUGAAAUUCUCAGAGGCUGUGCCUAUGGACCUGAGGUGGACAUGUGGUCUGUAGGAAUAAUCACCUACAUCUUACUUUGUGGAUUUGAACCAUUCUAUGAUGAAAGAGGUGAUCAGUUCAUGUUCAGAAGAAUUCUGAAUUGUGAAUAUUACUUUAUCUCCCCCUGGUGGGAUGAAGUAUCUUUAAAUGCCAAGGACUUGGUGAGUGUAACCAAAACAAAAUAA